AUGAGCGUCUUGAUUGAAACCACCGAAGGCGACCUUGUCGUGGACCUCUUGGUCGAUGAGUGUCCUGUUUCCGCCACCAACUUUCUCAAGCUCUGCAAAGCAAAAUACUUCAACCUCACCACCUUUUCUGCCGUUCGCCACGACCGUUUGUGCUAUGCCGGAUCACGCGCCCCGACUCAUGGGGACUCUAGUGCAUGGGGACUCACAGGAACAGAACCACAGACGUUUUACCCGGAAAUGCAGACCCCUAAGAUCAUAGCUUCUGAUUCACGGCGUUCCUUUGCCAAUACAGGGACAUUAGCGUGGGUCACGACGCCCAGCACGUCCGCAGUAUCGGUUGGCCCGACGCGUGGAGGUGUACUUGCAGAUUCCAAGUUUUGCAUAUCGCUUUCGGAUUCAGUUGGAACUGGGUAUGACGGAGAUGUGGCAGUGUUUGGGCGGGUUGUUGAAGGCGUGGAUGGCGCACUUGCGAAAAUUAAUGACGCGAUUGUGGAUGUGCAUAACAAACCGUUGCGGCCAAUUGUUGUGCUACACACGCAUAUUCUUGAGGACCCGUUUGAUGAGAUUCGUGGGUUGCGACUUCCUGAGUCUAGUCCGGAGCCUGACGAAGCUCAGUUAAAGUUGAUUGAAGAAAUGUCUGGGUCUUUGGACAAGGAAGAUAACGAGGAAGAUGAGAAGAGGAAAGAGCAAAGAGAGGCAGCGUCUAGUGCAUUGACACUGGAGAUUGUAGGAGACUUGCCUUUUGCAGAGGUUCUUCCUGAGGAGAAUGUAUUAUUUGUGUGCAAGCUGAACCCGGUUACGGAGGAUGAUGAUCUGUCGUUAAUUUUUUCUCGGUUUGGGCCCAUUCGGUCAUGUGAAGUUAUACGUGAUACAAAAACAGGAGACUCUCUGCAGUAUGCGUUUAUUGAGUUUGAAAACAAGAAAGACUGUGAACUUGCCUAUGCUAAGAUGGAUGGGGUAGUUGUUGAUGACCGGCGGAUCCAUGUGGACUUUUCACAGAGUGUGGCUAAGAUUGCGAAGCGGUGGAGAGAUAAAGAGAAUAUGAAGAGACGAGGGGUAAGUGAAAGGAGAGGGGGGAGAGAAGAUCAUGAGCAGGAUUACAAGCAACGAGAUGAAAGAUCAAGUCGUGAUGAGAAAAGAUAUCGAGAUGAUGAAAGAGAUGGUAGAAGGGACCGUGGUGGAAGAGAUGACAGAGAUCGUAGUAGGAGAGAUGACAGAGAUCGUAGUAGGAGAGAUGACAGAGAUCAUAGUAGGAGAGAUGACAGAAGAGACCGUGACGGAAGAGACCGUGACGGAAGAGACCAUGACAGACGAGAUCGCAAUGGACGGGAUCGACAUGAUAGAAGAGACCGAGAUGAUAGACGUGACAAAAGAGAAGACCGGAGAGAACGCAGUGAUCGGCGGUACCGAAGCCGUAGUCCUCACCGUUCUCGUCGUCACUACCACUGA